UCUAAACUUGAUGCCUUUAUUAAGAUUUCUUCUAAACUAUAAGUAGUCUUAAUUAAUUACCCCAUACAUUUGCCUAUUUGAUAUAGCCAUUACUCGUGCACCAUCUCAUCCUAAGAAGGGUAUUAGUAUGGGUAGUGAAUUAGAUAUGAAUAAGCUUCCAAUAAUAGAUUUUAGGAAGGGAGAGUUGAAAGAAGGGAGUGAAGAAUGGAUAUCAUUGAGGGAGCAAGUGUACAAAGCAUUAGAAGAAUAUGGUUGUUUUGAGGCAUUACUUGAUGGAAUUCCAAAAGAGAAACUAUAUGAUAAGUUGAAACAACUUUAUAACUUACCUAAUUUGGACACCAAAUUUGAAAUCCCUCAAACUCCAUCAUCUACUGGCUACUUUAAGGAUCUCAUGCCACUUUUUAGGAGAAUGAGCAUUCAUGAUGUCCUCUCUCCUGGUGUUAUUGAAAGUUUUUUUUCUAACAUCAUUUGGCCUGAUCUUGAAGACACACAAUUUUGUGAUUUGGUGCAUUGUUACGCCAAAAGAUUAUUAGAAUUGAAUGAGAUGGUCAGAAAAAUGGUAUUUGAGAAAUUGGGGAUAUUUGAAAAACAUUGGGAUGAGCACAAAAAUUCAACAAACUGCUCACUUGGCAUGUUGCAUUACAGAGCCCCUAAAGUUGAUGAGACAAAUGUUGGACUACCUCCUCAUACUGAUAGAGUUAUUACAGCUAUUUUAAGCAAACAUCAAUCUGGUGCAAGUGGUUUGCAAAUUAUGAAGAAAAAUGGGGAAUGGAUUGAUGUUGAAUAUUCAUCACCUCAUUCAUUCAUAUUCCUUGUUGGUGACAUUUUGACUGCACUUACAAAUGGUAGGUUGCCUUGUCCAUACCAUAGAGUGAAUAUGGGAAAUACAGAGAGAUAUUCCAUGGUGAUUUCGGCAGCUGCGAAAGAAGGGUAUGUCAUAAAAGUGCCAGAAGAACUUGUUGAUGAAGAUCAUCCUUUGCUUUAUAAGCAGUUUGAUGCUCUCAAAUACUAUCAGUAUUGUCUCUCAGGGGAUUAUAAACAUGGUGCUCCCACACUUGAGGGCUAAUGUGGCGUCUAAGCUUUUAUAAUCAUUAUAUGGAUCUGGUUACCCGCAUGGUUCGGUUUAAAUCGGUUUUCUUCGGAAAAAAAAAAUUUAAUUAUUUAAGUCUUUUUUGACCUAAUGAUCAAUUAUUGGAGUCCUUGUAGUGCAUUGUGUUGCUACCUAUUUGGAUUGUUGUUGUCAAUUUUAUUGUAUCGUAAUAUUCAUUUUUAUAUAACAAUGAAGAGUCUUAUUUCAUGUAACGAUUGAUUUGAUGUGAUCGCGUAGUUAUCUUCUUUUUCUUUUAAUAAUUUUAUUUUAUUAUUUAUU